CUAGUGUAUAAAAUUUCUUAUCUAAUCUCGACCCUUUCUCACCCACCACAAACUCCUCCAACUGGUUUGUAGUUAAUACUUCCUUGCAAUUGGCGCUUACGUCUCGUCUCUGUCAUUCCAUUUCCUUGAUAUACUAGCGUUCACACUCUUAUCUAUGUCCUUACGUUUGUAUGUGUGUAUGUGUGUGUGUUUGUGCGCGUGCGUCUUUGUGUGUUUGUACAUACGUCUGUCCUCGAGUGUAGCCGUAGUCCAGUCCUGUAUAGCCAGUAGGUAGUACACUUAUUAUCCGCCAGCGUUACGCUGCUAAUGCUAAUCCAGUGGAAAUAAGCUUCUCUAACGGUCAACCGUUUCCGUUGGCACCGUUUACCACCGUGUCGUUUUUUUUUUGCUUCGUCUAACAAUGACACUUUCUGCUGUAACAUCUCUCACAACAGCCGCACACGAUCGCUUCCGGUGCAGCGUCACGAUAUCCUUCACUGUGCACACCGUUGCUUUAGUUACACGGUUUUAGUGUAGUAGUGUAUUUUUGUGAUAAAUUUAAUUAAACCGUUCUCGCGAUGGGUGAUAAGGGAUUGCCAAGGAAAGAUGCUCUAAAGGAAGGAUAGGACUAACAGGAUAACAAAAAACCAGAAUCGUCAGUUUGGCACAAAAUGGUUGGAUAAAAUAAGGGCGUAAAGAGAGACUAUGAUCGAAUCUCUUCCAGCAUUUUCCCUCUUUUUCGACAAUGCAUUUCGGUAAUGGCGGCGCGGCUAAAGUGUGACAGAGAUUUAAGUCAGUCGAGAGGUCGAGAAUAUAGAACACUUUCCGUUAACACAACUCCAAGCUACAUAGUGGUAGAGUAGAGAUGGGGCCAUAGUGGAAGGAUUCUUAAGUCUCGAAAUAGAGUGGAAAAUCUAGUAGGCCCUCGGUGGUGAAUGUGAUUGAAGCAAGUUCUGUGUGCGAACGAGUAGGCGAGCGAAUGCAAAAUAAACGGAAAUGUAAACGCAUGCUGAAGGAAUGUGAUGGCCCACAGUUGAAGAAGCUAAACAUUGUCUUUGUAAAUGUUCCUUGUUUACAAGCAUUUCGAUUCCCACUGUAAUAAAGCCAACCAAUUCAAGAAGA